AUGGCGACCCUGCGGGUCCUCCGGGCGAAGGUGCCCGGCUGGCUCCAGCGCGGCCCACAGGUCCUGCUCCCUGCCCGUUUCUGCAGCCGGGGAUCGGCGGGUGCCGGUCAGCAGGAGCCGCGGCCCACGGUGGCACGGCAGCGGGACGGUAUCAGGAGCAUCAUCUUGAACAAUCCGAAGAAGAGGAACGCGCUGUCACUCGCCAUGCUGAAAUCGCUCCAGCGUGAUAUUCUCCAUGAGGCAGACAGCAAAGAUCUGAAAGUCAUUAUUAUUUCAGCUGAGGGCCCUGUGUUUUCUUCUGGGCAUGACUUAAAGGAGCUGACAGAAGAAAAAGGCCGGGAUUAUCAUGCUGAAGUAUUUCAGACGUGCUCUGAGGUCAUGAUGCUGAUCCGGAACCACCCUGUCCCAGUCAUUGCCAUGGUCAAUGGCUUGGCCACCGCUGCUGGGUGUCAGCUCGUGGCUAGCUGUGACAUCGCCAUAGCCAGCGACAAGUCCUCCUUUGCCACUCCAGGGGUGAACAUUGGGCUCUUCUGUUCCACCCCUGCGGUCGCCCUGGGGAGAGCGGUGCCAAGAAAGGUGGCCCUGGAGAUGCUCUUCACCGGGGAGCCCAUUUCUGCCCGGGAGGCCUUGCUGCACGGGCUGCUCAGCAAAGUGGUGCCAGAGGAGCAGCUGGAACAGGAGACCAUGAGGAUAGCAGAGAAGAUCGCCUCCCUGAGCCGUGCUGUGGUGUCACUGGGCAAGGCCACCUUCUACAAGCAGCUACCCCAGGACCUCCAAACGGCCUACUUCCUCACCUCCCAGACCAUGGUGGACAACCUGGCACUGCCGGACGGCCAGGAGGGGAUCCAGGCCUUCGUCCAGAAGAGAAAACCCAUCUGGUCUUCCUGAGCCAGUCUUGCUGGUGACAGGAACAGCGGCAAGCGCCUCCCAGCCUCUGCAGCUGCAUAGCCUGAUGACAGUGGCUUCACAGCACCCAGAAAACGCCCCUGAAGAGCAUGGAGCUGGAGGGAUGGAGGCGCAGGGUGGAGGCAACCCAGCUUGAGAGGCAGAGGACACCAGCUUGAGACAUGCCCAAAACAACCUCCAAGGAUGAGGUCUCUUCCAGUGGUUGUAGUCAGGCGAUUUGUUUCAAAUCUCCACACUAAAAAUUUUCUUCUUGAUUCUUCUGGGCAGAAACCGGGUCUGUAGCUUUGGGAUAAUCAUAGUGGGAUUUAAAUAGAUGAAAUGUUUGUAGCCACUGGUCAUUUUAUCUUCCCAGACUAAAAGCCGCCUCAGAGCAGUGCUGUUUGAACUCUUUCUGUACAUGUAUACCCUGAGGGCCAUGCGAAGGAUCUUCAUAGAG